CUUUUGUAACUUUUAGUAUUUGCUUGAGUUUCUCUCUUUUCAAAACAACUUUGGUUUUCUGUUCGUACUUUGAAAAUCAAAACUUUCCCCUCAAACUGAGGAUGAGCUCCAGUUCUGAGCGGUCUCUGCGUCCUGCGGAGGUCGCGGUUCGUCCGCUGCUCCUCGUAUGGAAAUCAGAGGGAGGAGGUGGCAGGAGGACGCAGCGGGAGGAGGACGCGUAAACGCGGCGGCAGCGGUGCAGGCGGCGCAGACACGGACACUUCCCGAACGGAACUCUCUCCUCUGGACUUUGUUUGGACCUUCAGACCCGGAUCGGAACCCCGUCCCUCCGUUAAGAUGAGGAUGACGAGGAGGCGUCCCGCCAGCUCCCGUUUGACCCCCGCAGCAGAGCCAUGAGGUAGAGAGAGGCAGAGGCGGAGGCAUUCCCCUGCAACGCUGAGACACUCGCCCUGCUUCAUGAGCCAGCAGGAUGAGGCUGAGGUCCUCGCACUCUCCGAGCGCCUCCUCGUAGCGUCACACAAGGGCCAAGCCGACAAUGUGGUCCAGCUCAUCAACAAGGGAGCAAAGGUAGCGCUCACCAAGUACGGCAGAAGCCCCCUGCACUUGGCCGCCCACAAAGGCCACCUGGAGGUGGUGCGCAUCCUGCUGAAAGCUGGCUGUGACCUGGACAUCCAGGACGAUGGCGAGCAGACGGCGUUACAGCGAGCUGCUGUGGUGGGAAACACUGACGUCAUCGGAGCUCUCAUCCAGGAAGGGUGUGCUCUGGACCGGCAGGAUAAGGAUGGAAACACAGCUCUGCAUGAGGUGGCCUGGCAUGGCUUCAGUCAGUCUGUGAAGCUGCUGGUGAAGGCCGGGGCCAACGUUCACGCCAAGAACAAGGCAGGAAACACGGCUCUCCACCUGGCGUGCCAGAACGGUCAUGCUCAGAGCGCCAAGGUUCUGCUGCUCGGAGGCUGCAGGCCCGACAGCAAGAACACAGCAGGAGACACGUGUCUGCACGUCGCCGCUCGCUACAACCAUGUGACCAUGAUCCGCAUCUUACUGGGAGCCUUCUGCUCCGUGUCGGAGAAGAACCUGGUCGGAGACACUCCUCUACAUGUGGCCGCUGCUCUGAAUCAUAAGAAAACAGUUCGUCUGCUGCUGGAGGCUGGAGCCGACAGUCACGUCUGCAACAAUGCGGGUCAGACGGCUCUGGAUCAGGCCAGAGAACACAACAACCCCGAGGUGGCUCUCCUUCUGACCAAAGCUCCACAGAGCUUCCUGCGAGGCCGGAGCGUGAGGAAGAGGAGGGACAAGCUGAAGUCUGAGGGGAGGGCUCAGUCGGUGCCCAGAGAUCAGAUGCUGUCCUGUAAGGACAGUGCAUCUGCAGCAGAGGACACGCAGAGCAGCGAGCACGCCCCCUGCAGACGCACCGACCCAGCCCAAUCCCACCCCCGCAGGAGCAGGAAGCAGAAGCCGUCUCUGUCAGAACCUCUGCGCCGCCGUGAGGCAAAGCCCAGCGAAGGCGUCCACAGGAGGACGGCCAACCUGCAGGGGACCUUCCCCCAUGGCCCCGUCCCCCCUCACAGCUUCAAAGCCUACCAGCUCUACACCCUGUACCGAGGAAAAGACGGGAAGAUCAUGCAGGCGCCGCUGAACGGCUGCCGCUGUGAGCCGCUCAUCAGCAAACUGGAAAACCAGCUGGAGGCCACCAAGGAGGAGAUGAAGACCGAGAUCCACACCGUCCAAGACCUGGUGAACAGCAAGAUGGGCCAGAUGGACCGCAAGAACAAACACCAGAUGGGGGCUCUGGAUAAGCUGACGCUGGAGCGGGUUUCUGCGGAAAGGAGCGCAUGUCUGCAGAGGAUGGAGCAGUGGACGCAGCAGGAGCGUCUGGAGGCCCAGAGCAGACAGGCGUCUCUGGUCAGCGAGCUGAAGAGCUGGUGUCUGUCCAGACUGCAGAACCUGGAGGUCCGGCUCAGCGGAGAGCCCGGCGCUACCACGCUGCGGCGCUGUCUGUCGGUCUCCGAGGGUCUGAAUGAGGUCGAGAGGAGAGAUCGUGCUGGCCCGAAGCCCAGUGAAGGUGACACAGGCACUGCAGAGGGCGGAGCCUCCAACCACUACUUUGUUGUUCAUGCGGAGAGCUCUCCAGACGGUGAAAAGGCUCACAAGGCGGAGCCAGCCAAGAGCCCCACCUCCUCAACCCCGGUGGUUCGUCCAAAGGAGCGAGUAGCCGACGCACACAGAAAGACCCAGGACCUGGAAGCAGCAGAGGAGGCGUCUCCCAUGGCGGAGCGCCGCGGCGGCCGCGGGAGACGCCACCGCAAACACUCCCAGGGAAGGACUAAGUCCAGAGGGGCGGGGGGGGUGAGGACUCUGGAGGUGUUCGGAGAGGCGCCGCCAGAGCCGUCCUUCGCUCAGGAGAGGGACAACAUGCACGCCAUGGAGGUCACGCAGUACUUCUUUGAGGCCGUGUCCACGCAGAUGGAGCGCUGGUACGAGCGGAAGGUGCAGGAGGCGCGGCGGCACGCCGACCAGCGAGCGCAAGCCGACAGGGCGGCGCUGAUCGACAGGAUCGCCUGUCUGGAGGACGAGCUGCGCACGCUGAGGACCAACCGCCACGACGGCUGCUGAAGGCCUCGGAGCGGGAACGGGAGCUCCACGCCGGCUCCUGGAGGAACCAGCUGAUGGAGGAGUGAAGGUUCAGGAGGAGCAGAAAAGUUCUCAAAACUCUGAUAAAAGCUAGAAAGAAGAAAACAAAACCAGAUGAAGCCAGUUCUGAGGUUUUCACAGCCAUGAUGCCAAUCCAGCUGCUGCUGAAACAAACAGGCCCGAAUCAGCUGAGCCAGAACCGCCUGGAUCAGCGGGUCACUUUUCACCCUGUUUUCUAGAACUCUGAAGCUCAAAUCCGUCUGACAGCACCACAGAUAAGCUUCAUUUUCAAACCAGUUUGUUUGAUUAUUAAAUCCCAGUUCUCAAGCAAAUGACACUGAAAGCUAAUAAAUGUGUUCUUCCUUUUUAGAAGGAAUUUUAUUCUUUGGAAACGUUUAAAAUAAUGUUCAGUCAAACAAAAGGUUACAGAGAAACUCAAAUGUUUUACUGUGACUCUUGUGCAGCAGAGAAAGCUAAUGAUGGUAUAGCUGCUGCAGCCGUUCUCCAUCACACACAUGAAGCUGAGCAGUGCUGCAGUAUUACUAGAACCGGUGUGUUUGGAUCUUGACGCACUCUUCCUCCCAGGAAGCUGUUUUCUAUUAAAGAAUCGUCUCUGCA